UUUUAUACUGCACCACCUACAAAACACAACAACUAUUAUCAACAGCUGAUCGCACGGAAAACAUAAACAAAUGGUUUAAGUAGUAGAAUUUAUUUUAACGUCAGACGACGUAGCUCGAAAAUUGCUUAGAAAAUAACUCCAUAAAGUGUAGUAAAAAUGUGGUUGGCUGGGAAUCUGUUCAAAGGAUCCGUAGCAAUCAGUUUCGUGCGCUUGCUGCAUUUCAAGCGAAAGGAGGUUUAUAUGGAAUGCUUCCGCAUCCUGGGCGUUCACGAAUCAGCUGAUCAGAAUACGGUACGCCAUGCCUACUUGGAUUUGGUGAAACGGGUGCAUCCUGAUUCGGGAACGGAGGAGGCCAGUGCCGAUCGCUUCCAGCAGGUAGACGAGGCAUUUCGUGUGCUGCAGGAGAAAUUCGCCAAGGGAAGGCGAAACAUUCAGGAGGACGAGGAGGAGGCCAUGGAGUUUGACAUCAAGCAUACGGCACCGCAGCAUCGGCAAUAUCUUUCCAACGAGGGCAUCGGAGUGGGAACUCCCUUUCAGCGGCAGAAGCAGUACCAGCAGGUGCGCGCCAUGAAGGCUCAGGAACGCGUCCUGGAGCACCGCAUCGACAAGGCGGCUGCCGGAGAGAAAACACUGAUGUCGAAGGGCGGCAGCCACUUUCGUAAACAUGCCAUUAAGACCAAAUACGGUAUUGAUCGUGUGGUCGAGGAUCUCAUUCAGGAGGCCAUGUCCAAGGGUGACUUUAACAAUCUAAACGGGUCAGGAAAGCCCCUGUCCUCGGCUCAGUCACAGAAUCCCUAUCUGGACUUUACGACCCACAAGUUGAACAAGAUUAUGUUGGACAACGGCUUCACGCCAGAAUGGAUAAGCUUGGGCAAGGACAUUCGCGAUGCGAUUGCUCAGCUGAAGAAGAAACUGCGCCAGGAGCGCAAAUACUACGGCGAAUGGCCAUUGCAGCGCCAGGAGGAUCUGGCAGCCUGGAAAGUAUUCACGCUGAAUCACCAGGACGAUGUGCAGCAAUUGAACAAGCUUAUUGACAAGUACAAUCUAAUAGUGCCCAUUCUGGAAAAUCAGUUCUUUCGCCUGAACCUCGAUAGGAUGGCCGAACCUAUAUUUAAGGAUCCGGAAUUGCAGCGCAACGUAAUCAGACCCGAAAUGAGAGCUAAACACAGCAGCAAUAUAGAGAAUCAGGGCAGUUCCAGCACAAGUUUGUUUUCACUAAUUAGCAAACUAUUGUAAUUAAAAUUGUGUGAUUGUAAAAUAUGUGAUAUUAGAUGUAGAUUAAUGUGCUGUAAGUUUAUGUGUACAAUAUAUGAAAUAGUUCAAUAAUCCAAGAGGCCUUUUUGUUGUUAUAAUGUUAAAAUCAUUGAUAUGUUCUUAGUUGAAAAUCAUGUAAUUAAAAAUGUUGGAUUUUUUUAUAUAUAGUUUAGUUAAUCUUUAGAAACUUGUUGGAUUAUUUUUAAUCAAACUUGAAGUUUAUUUAUAUAUUUUUGUAAAUAGUUUUUUAUAUAAAAAGGAAUGCUGCCUAAGCCUAUAAAAUUUCCUAUACAACUAAUUAACGUCAAAUUAUCGUUGAAAGUUCAAGAUUAUAAUUAUAACUAAUUUGACAAAAAGUCUUCGAGUAAGAUAAAGUCAUCCCUGCUUGUUCCAUUUACUGACUGCUGACUUCCGGAGAAAUGAGAGCCGUUCCGUUGGCCAACAUUGCCAAUGCCCUUGGAAAAGCCCAGUGCUCAGCCUUGUGGAUGCGUUGCGUCAGCGAAUCCUCGUCGUCAUCGGGCAAAAUGGGAACAGCAGCCUGAACUAUGAUCGCUCCCGUGUCCACACCCUCGUC